UUCGGAUCUGCUGGACCCAGACCCGACCCGACCAGUAGCCACCCCUUGGUUUCUAUGAUCAAAUUUCCUCUCUUCAACAAUUAAACUGGGGAAUUUGGAUCUAAAGCUCUCUCACUCUCUCUUCAUCAUGAGCCAAUUAAAUUGGGGAAUUUGGAUCUAAUUCUCUCUCUCACUUUCCCAUGAGCCCAUUAAACUGGGGGAUUUGGGCCUAAUACUCUCUCACUUUCUCAUGAACCCAUUAAACUGGGGGAUUUGGACCCUAAUACUCUCUCUGUCUGUCUGUCAUGAGCCCAGUAUCACUUAAACUUUCUCUUUCCUCAACCAUUACUGGUGAACUUGGAGCUAAUGCUCUCUCUCUCUCUCUAAAACUAUUAACGCGGACAUAUUCUCUCUCUAGAGCUGGUCAGCAUAGUACUGAACAAGUAUCACUUCCUCUCUUCAUUGACGUCUUCAGUCUCACCUAACCUCUUUUCUCUGUCUUAGAAAAAAACUCCAUUAAUAUUUUUUUCCCCUCUUUCUCUCUCUUCUGUGAAUACCUCUCUCUCUACCCUAUUGAUCCUCCACACUCUCACUGCGCAAAACCUGUCAGAUUCCUUUCUCUCUCUGCCCCAUCAAUGGCUUUCUACUCUGUUUUCCUCGAAGCCAUCCCGGCGUACACGGGCCUGUCACCUGUGGCUUUCUUCACCACAUUGGCUCUAAUGGUGGGUGUUUACCACCUGGUAUGCGCCUUGUUCGUGUCAGACCCUCCGCCUCCUAAUGCUACUUCUCGGUCAGCCAUGGAGAUGAUGUCGAUGCCUGUGAAUUUGGAGCCAGUUCAGUUGGGCGAUGUCACAGAGGAGGAGCUUCGAGCUUAUGAUGGCUCUGACCCCACGAAGCCUCUUCUCAUGGCUAUCAAAGGCCAGAUCUAUGACGUCACUAGGUCAAGGGGGGGCCGUAUAUUACCACCACUACCUGAGCCAGAUAGUAUUCCUUACAGUUUACAGUUAUUUUUGCAAAAUACUCAUACAAAUAUGAAUACAUCUCAAGGUAACAAUCAUGGUAAACAAAAAAUGGACUUGGUACCCUAUCCCAUAUCUGGGCCUCUUAUGCCUAGUUCUUCUUUACCAAUAACACCUAUGUCACCCAUGCGGUCGACAAAUGUACCAGAAUAUUUCAUCCAAACUCCUCUUCAAAGUCCAAUACAAACUCCUAGUCCCUGCAUUUACUCCAACUGCUUACCCAAAUAGACAAACUCCCUCCGCUUUUAAGUCAGUUUAUGUUGAAACCGCAUUUCUGGCUGAUAUACCCAUAUGCGACAAGCAUAUAAACAUUGACCCAAAUAAAUUAGCUCCCUUAUAUCUUACUAAUCACUUGAACCCUACCAAUGGCGCCAAGACUCGUGAAUGGUACGAGGCUGUACUCAUGGAAACUGGUUCAGUAUCCAUCGUACAUUUCUAUCGAGGUAACAUUAAGCUAUAUGCAUAUUCUAAGCUACAAAUUAAAAAAUUAUUAUCUUAUGA